UGACACCACCAGUAGUAAAAGCUCGGUUACACCUGCGACAUCAAAGACGACUAGAUCUUGACUGGAGCGUACACGUUUACCAUUUCCUACCUCACAUCACUCCAACUAUACAAUGGCUCACAUCGUGCUUCUAGCUGUUGUUUGUGUGCUGUGUUCAUUGGAAACACAAGGGUCCAGUGCUGUGACAACUGUGUUUGUGCAGAAAGGGAAGAAUUUACAUCUGGAUGUUAACAAACCUGUUGUUCUAGGAAAGGACGAUGAAUUUAGGUGGAGAGUCAGUGACACUCACAAUGUAGUGAGAUUAUUUCCUGAUAACACAACAAGAAUAGUUGACCCUUAUAAAGGAAGGGUUGAGUUUUCUGUACAAAAUCACUCUUUGCUUUUGAAGAAUGUGCAACACAAUGACAGUGGAGAUUACACUGCACUCAUAACUGGGGACAAAAACCAACCUCUAGCUGAAUACAAGAUCAUAAUUCAAGAUCCAGUGUCUCCAGUUCAGCUGUCAGUGAACUCUGUGUCUAACAGCAGAGAGUCCUGUAACCUCACUGUGACCUGCAGUACAGAGGACUCUCUCAUCAGCACUUUUAGAUGUGACACCCAAACCUGCAAUCAGGAGGGAGGAGAGCAGUCAAAGGUCACAACUUCUGGUUCUUCUCUCCGUGUCUACCUGUUGAAUGACUCCAUCAUCUGUAACCAUAGCAACCAGGUCAGCUGGACCAGAGACAUAAAGGAGAUUUGUCUUCUCUGCUCUGCAACUGCUGGUGAGACUGAAAGAACAGGUAUUAAUCUGGGCAUAGAAGCUGGCAUUGGGAUCGGGAUUGCAGUUCUCUUUUGCCUUGUCCUUGGCUGCCUAAUCAUAUAUCACAAAUGUUUUCGGAAUCAAUCCGGCCCAAAUCAGAAUGACCCAGAAGAUGCUUCAGGUCGUUCUUUAAACUUCACCAACCCUAUGGCAGGACUUCCAACUGCAACUGUACAAUCCACUGAGACUGAAAACACCCCCAAGCCAGAGACCGUUGCUGGUGGAAUUAAAGGUCAAGAGAAAGACAAAGAAUGAGAAAAAUGACCUGUGCUAUGAACACUGUGCCGACCCAUGCUGCAGAAUUAAGAAAUCCAAGAUAACUGAUAAAGCGAGGCUCAACAAAGUCUCAUUAGUGCAUCCUGGCUUAAUCUGUUGCCCGCUCGCCAAUCCAGGAUGAGGAUAUGUGAAUAUGUCAAGCCAGGCCUAAGUAAUUCAGAUACGUGCGUGUUCACAGCUUUUUUACAUAGACCACUCGAUCGAUCACAGAUUUACUGAUGCAGACAUGGAAAAAACUUGUGCCGCAUACCUUUUACCAAGUUAGCAAAUGAAUACAAGUAAUUAAUAAACAGUCAGUUUGAGUUGUGGAAAAGUAACUGGACAAAUCACUUUACAACUGCUAAUAUUUAUACUGUAAGCUUGCAUAAUAUCAUAGUAUCAUAGGGAG